CAGAGUGAACGAACAGUGAAGAAGAAGAAGAAAAACACACAUGGAGAAGAAGACGACGAAGCUGUGUCUGUAUCUACCUACUGAAUUGAUCAUUCAAAUCCUUCUCAGAUUAACGGUGAAAUCUCUUAUACGUUUCAAAUCCGUUUGUAAGACAUGGUUUACUCUUAUCUCUGAUCCCAAUUUUGCAAAUUCACAUUUUCAAUUUCCCGCCACACACACUCGUAAAAUUCUCUCUUUAUCAUCAACUACACCUCCUCAAAUUCAAUCUAUAGAUUUUGAAGAAAAUUUGGUUAGCAAUUUUUCUGCUCCACUCAACCUAUUUAAAUUUAAUAUUUCUAAUUUUCCUCUUCAAAUUAAAGGUUCAUGUAGAGGGUUUCUAUUUUUGUGCAAUUCUUGGAAAUUCUACUUAUGGAAUCCAUCCACUGGAUUUUACAAGCAAAUACCUUUAUCUAAUUCUUGUUAUUCAAGAUAUCUAUACGGUUUUGGUUAUGACGGAUCGAGAGAUGAUUAUGUGGUGGUUUUAAUGGGCUAUAAUACAAAUGUAGUUUAUCAUACAUCACGAUUCGAGUUUUUUUCAUUGAGAGAUAAUAAGUGGAAACAAAUUAAGGGUAGUCACUUGUCUUAUAAGAAUGCCCUUCCUAAUGCCAAUAGAGACAUUGGGGGUACGAUACUUAAUAGUGCUAUUCAUUGGUUGGCUUUUCGUUGUGAUUUUAUGGUGGAUGGUAUUGUUGCCUUUGAUUUAAUGGAAAGGAAAUUGCUAGAGAUGUGCCUUCCAGACGAGAUUGACAUCGUACCCAACGAUUGUGGUUUGUGGGUAUCUGGAGAAUUUCUCAGUCUAUGGGCUAUGAGGAGGCAUCAUAUAGUUGACAUAUGGGUGAUGAAAGAAUACAAAGUGAGUUCGUCUUGGAUUAAGACUCAUGUUUUUCCUAUUAAUGCCACUCCUUACUUUUCCCCUAUAUACUCUACCAAAAAUGGCGAUAUUGUUGGAAUAGAUGAUGGUAUUGGACUGAUGAAGUAUAAUGGUAAAGGACAGUUGUUAGGGCAAUGCUCCUUUUGUGAUGAUCCAAGUGAAUCCCAAGUGGUCAUAUAUACAGAAUCUGUACUCUCGCUACCUGGUGACAUUGAGCAAGUUUAAGAUGACGACACAAACAAGAAGAAUUAGGUUUUGAAAUAUUCUCCUUUACCAUUUUCUUUAUAUUUAUAAUUUAUAAUUAUAUUAUGAACUCUUAGGUGGCUGCAUUUGUAGGCUAAUAUGUGUUUGACUACAUUUGUAACAUGAGCUAGUAUGCGACAUGAGCUAAUU